UCGGCGUCUCCCUUUCCAGAUGUCUCUCCGGCCUUCUCACCUUGCGUGUUGUCCUCCUCUGCCGCUUUAUAUGCACACCAUCGCCACCUGGAUCACCCAGAGCAGAGUAACCCAGAGUGACGAAGCGAUCAAGUGUCCUGUGCCUAGUUUCGGCAGAAGCAAAUCCAUUUAGCCCGGCUCUGACAUGGCUCUAGCUCGCCUGUGCCUCAACAGGGCCCUCGCCGGCCGCGCGCCGGCGCUGGCGAGGCCGGCCUACGCCGCAUCCCCGGCGGCGGACGUGAGCCUUCACCUUCACUCCCCCUUCUCAACAUCGUCGUCUGCGGCCGACUCUGCCACCGGAGGCGAGGCGAGCCGCCGGGAGGUCGCCGUGUCGGGCCAGUCCGCCGCCCCCGCGCGCCGCGGCGGCCGCUGGGCGUGGCGAGACCUCCGCGACUUCACCCCGUUCCGCCUCGUCGACGGGCUCGGGAGCGCGCUGUCGCAGGUGGCGGGGGCGCUGGGCCGGCCGCUGGAGCGGCUGGCGCCGUCGCGGCUGUUGUCGGGGAAGGUGCGGGAGGACGAGGCGCGGUACCGGCUGCGGUUCGAGGUGCCGGGGCUCGGGAAGGAGGACGUGCGCGUGGCGGUGGAGGACGGCGUGCUGGUCAUCGAGGGCGAGAAGCGGGAGCACGGCGGGGAGGAGGGAGACGGCGACGGCGAGUGGUGGGCGGCCAGCGGGUACCACGCCAGCCUGGUGCUCCCGGACGACGCGCGCGCCGAGGGGAUCACCGCGGAGGUGAAGGACGGCGUGCUCUACGUCAACGUGCCGCGCACCGGGCAGCGCAGCCGGAACGUCACCGAGGUUAAGGUCCAGUAGCCAGACCACACGUCUUGUGAACAAAUAAAAAUAGUGAUGAUGUGAAGUGACGUUCGCGUGUAUUGCACCAGAGGUCUUUCAUGUGAACAAAUGACGUUUGCGUACUAACGGGCAAUUCUGGGACACUAGUCUCUUCGAUAGGCUGCCGUCGAUCCUUCUGUUGCUGUUUAGAGCGCUCUUAAAUGACAGAAUGCCCAGCGUAAGAGCAAUUCCAACAAUAGUUCCCAACCUCUAUUUCUUUUUCUAUCUUAUUUCAAUAAGUAUAUGCUACAUAUAUAUCGUUCAUAUCACACCACUAUAACUCAAAUGUAAAUAUUUU